AUGCGCCCUUUGCUCCUAGUACCGCUGGGAUUUGGCACCCUUGUGUGCGCAAACACUCCCACACUCUCCAUCCCGACCUCGAGCCCAUCUAAAGCGGUCGCCGUCCCGGCAGACUUUCUCAGUUUUGGGUUCGAAACAGCGUUCCUGCCUAAAUACGACAAUGAUUUCUCAGAAAACGUCGUCAACAGUAUAGGUUCCCGCAUGAGCAAGCCGCUCAUCAUCCGCGUCGGCGGCACCAGCGGGGACCUCGUCCGCAUAAAGGAGGAUCUCACUAUGGCUACACACUGCUUUGCUGGGCCGGGAUGCCCGGACAACAGCAAGGACAGCUUUGACAUCGGACCAAGCUAUUUUGAUGGAUUCAAGCGAUUUCAAAACGCGACCAUGACCUUUCAAGCACCGAUGGGUCGUAAUAUGGACAUGCGGCAUACCAUGGCCUACGUCAAGAAUGCGUGGAAUGCACUUGGACAGAACCGCGUCGCGGGAAUUGCGCUCGGGAACGAGCCGGGCUUCUAUAACUGGACAGCAGAACUGUAUGUGACUCGUGCAUUAGAGGUCGAGGAUGCAAUCACGGAAGAAUUCAACCUGAGCGGUGAUGCCGCAGCUAUAUUUGAAUUGGGCGAUAUUUCCGACCAUGCCUCGUCUUCAAACAUCCCUUUUGGCCUAGAUGCUAUUUUCAAGAAUGGCCUUAACAAGAAUGGCCGGGGGAAGUUUGCAGCUGAGCAUUUCUACACCAUCAAUCGAGAACAUUCCUACUCCGUAGAGACGUUGCAAGACACACUGAUGAACCACGCUGUUAUCCAAUCGCGGCUUUCCUCCUACCAACCAAGCAUAGAUUACGUCGAAAAGAACGACCCAGAAACAGCCUUUGUCCUGUCAGAGGUCGGAUCAACUCUCCGUGCCGUCCCCAUCGACUUCGCUGGCGGCUUCGGUGCCGCCAUCUGGGCCGUGGACUUUCACCUCGCGGCUAUGUGCCGCGGUAUAAAACGGGUAACGAAUACUCAACGUCCCGAAGCUACACAUGCGUUUUGGGUUCCCGACGAUACAGGGCCGGCCACGAAGCGUCCAAUCGUGCAGGGUAUCUUCCCAGCGGCGGCAUUCAUUGUUGAUUUUAUCGGAUCAUCCAAUCUGGGCAGAGCAAGCGAAAUUAGCCUGUCAGAUCAAGACCAUUUCACGGCGUAUGUGAUGCAUGGGCUGAACUCCGGUCUGGCGGAGCGAGUUGCACUGGUGAACAUGAAAGAGUGGAAUGAGAAUUCCAACUCUGUGAGAGGGAGUGCGACCGUCACGCUUGAAAUUGGUGAGAAUGUGACCACUGCGACCAUGCGGCGAAUGCACGCCGAUAGAGGAUCUACAGCCGUAGGAUAUGAUUGGGGCGGCCCCAAUAAUAAUGUAUCCUACGCAGGAGAGCAGUGGACAUAUGCCAUAGACCUAGGCAAAGGGCAUUACACAAACGGUUCAUUGAUCGAGGAACUUGUGAGUGUGAGUGAUGGUAAGAUUGAGGUGACUGUGCCUGACACGGAGGCGGUCCUUGUGUACUUGAAGUGA